CAUGGUGUACGUAGCCGCGCUUGAGUAGUGAAAAUUUGUAUCCAGUGAAAAUAGAAUAAGUGAUUAAGAUUAAUCCAGAUUUAUCGCAUAAGGCAAUUAUUCUGACGUAAAUGUACAACAAAAUGUCCAGCUUUGAGUCUUCGGAUGGUGAAAUUUGCCAACCGGUGUGUGAAUCGGAAUCCUACUAUGAACCAGCAAACCAUUACUAUACACAACUUUAUCCAGCGGAUUCCCAGAAUGCAGGCCCUCAUGUGAUACCCUUGGAGGAGGAAGGCUACUGGGGUUCUCCAUGCAGUUCCAGUGAAUCUCUGGAGAACCGAGAUGAGUACUCACCUGGUCAGAAUGUGUUAUCAUCGCAAUCCGGACCGGAAGGAUCGUCCCCCUAUAGUAGCCAGUAUCAUCAUCACCACCAUGGUCAGCAAGUUUACUGCCCCGUCGGGUAUGAGAAGACGAGCUACAUAUGCGACGAGGGCUACUAUGGAGCUACAACCACGACAAACACAAGCGGUGGAUCGGUAACAUCAAUGCAUACGUCCAGUGGAAUCGUCUCCGGAAGCGUUCCUGUAGUGAGGGUAGUCAAAAGACGCAAUACAGCCAACAAGAAAGAACGCAGACGUACUCAAAGUAUCAAUUCAGCCUACACUUCCUUAAGAGAUCGAAUUCCCAACGUACCGAACGAUACGAAGCUCUCAAAGAUUAAAACGCUCCGGUUAGCGAUAUCUUAUAUUGCUCAUCUACUGGCAGUCGUUAAUGGUAACCAAGAUCCAUCCUGUGACUUUCGAGCGGAGCUUGUACCCUCGUCAAGGAAGAUAAACGCCGAGCGAAGGGCCCAGAAGAGUAUGCUGCAAAAUCUUGCCAGUGAAGGAAAAAAAAUCAAAGGUAGAACCGGGUGGCCACAACACGUUUGGGCAUUGGAAACAAAGACCACCAUCAAGUGAAAUUUAGGAAUAAUAAGUGCUGUUUCCAUAAAUCUUUUCCUGGAAGAUGCAAAUAAAAACCCAUAAUAAAUUAGUAUAGCACACACUCGUGAUAAUGCUAAUUAUGCUUCGAAGAGAUUUGACCAUGAUUGUACAAAGUUUGCAAAGAUUUGCGUAAAUGUUUCAACUUGAUCUGCCAAAUAAAGCUCCUCGA